UCCCUCCCUGUUCAAUUCUAUGCAGCAUUUGAACAGAGGCGGACGUGCGGACGAUACAAGUAACCGGUCACAAAUUACUCAACAAUUUUUAUGCGGAGUGAAAUAAACCUCUGGAUUUUUCCGGACUGGAGAUUUUCUUUUAUUUAAUCGUGCCGGUGGAAUGUUUGUCUUUAGAUGUUCUUCUGUUAGCUGAGAUGUUUUGCUAGUAACGGUCCUUUUUCCAUAGUAAGCCAUAGCCUACCUGGCACGGCUCUCGUAGUCUGUAUGUAGAUUGGACAGAAAAAUUGGACAACACCCUUAAUUCCGGGGUUUUUAUCAAGGAAAAUGUGAGUUAUUUUGCUCUCCACGAGGAACACAAAGCCUCGUCGUGUCUGUCAUCUGAAACAGCUGGGUCGUGUCGAGAAGAUUUGUGGAUUAACGCCCCCCUCCCCCCCGAAGAAACCCCGGACGCGUGUUCUGUGGCCUUCAUCCAAAAUGAGCGUCGAUUUAACUGAAUAAGCUACAUAAGUGGAGUAUAAACAAACACCCAUUUCCCGGGCACUGCGCCGUGUUUUUCCCCCCUCCAUUUCUGCUUAAAUAAGCGGUGCCAGUUGCUCUGGAAAAUAUGGAAGGCGAGGUUUUCACCCCUUUGCUGGAGCAGUUCAUGCUGACGCCUCUGGUCUGUUGGGUGAAGACAGUUGGCCAGCCGACAGUGACCAAUGGCACUAAUUUAUCGGAAUAUAUUGAAUUAGUGGAUGGGAUUUACCUAAACGAGAUAAUGCUGGAGAUAAAUCCUAAGGCCAUGGUGCAGAGGACCAACAAAAAGGUGAACAAUGAUCCCACUCUGCGAAUCCAGAACCUUUCUACUCUCAUCAGGCAGAUCAAAGCCUAUUAUCAGGAGAGUCUCCAGCAACUUGUAAUGAUGCCUUUACCAAAUGUGCUGACACUGGGUCGGAACCCUCUGUCUGAACAAGGUCUGGAGGAAAUGAAGAAACUAUUGCUGCUGCUACUCGGCUGUGCUGUUCAGUGCGAGAAGAAGGAGGAGUACAUUGAGCGUAUCCAGACCCUGGACUUUGACAGCAAAGCUGCCAUAGCAUCCCACAUCCAAGAGGUGACUCAUAACCAGGAGAAUGUAGUGGACCUGCAGUGGUUGGAAAGUGGAGAAAUUCCUUCUGAGGAUUUAGACUGCUUGUCCAGAAACCUGGCUUUCCACCUCAAACGUCUGGUGGAUGAAAGGGACACACAGCUGGAGACAAUAGUGGAGUUAACCCAGGAGAGAGAUUGUGUGCAGUUGUCUCCAAUGGCACCCAUUCCAACCGUCUCUCCCGGUGACUCCCCCAGCAUGAGGAGGACCGAAAGCAGACAACAUCUCUCUGUGGAGUUGGCUGAUGCCAAGGCAAAGAUCAGGCGCCUUCGACAGGAACUAGAGGAGAAGAGUGAGCAGCUUUUGGACACCAGACAGGAGCUUGAGAAAAUGGAGGUGGAGUUCAAGAGGCUUCAGCAAGAGAGCUACCAGCUGCUGUCGGACGCUCGGUCAGCUAGGGCAUACCGUGACGAGUUGGAUGCACUCAGAGAGAAAGCCAUUCGUGUGGACAAACUGGAGAGUGAGCUGAGCAGAUACAAGGAGAGACUUCAUGACAUUGAGUUUUAUAAGGCCAGAGUCGAGGAGCUCAAGGAGGACAAUCAGGUCCUCCUGGAGACUAAGACUAUGCUGGAGGAACAGCUGGAUACCAGCAGGAACCGAUCAGACAAACUGCACCUCCUGGAGAAAGAGAAUCUGCACCUCAAAUCCAAGAUCCAUGACCUAGAGAUGGAGCGGGACUUUGACCGUAGGCGUAUAGAGGAGCUGUUGGAGGAGAACCUUGUGCUUGAGAUGGCCCAGAAACAAAGCAUGGAUGAGUCAAUGCACUUGGGCUGGGAGCUGGAACAACUGUCCAAGACACCAGAGCUGACUGAAGUCCCUCAGAAGUCUCUGGGUGAGGAGGUGAAUGAGCUGACCUCGAGUCGCCUGUUGAAGCUGGAGAAAGACAACCAGACCCUGCUGAAGACAGUGGAAGAGCUCAGAGGAGCAGCCAGUCAGGAUGCUGUGGCAAAACUGUCUAGAGUUGCUCAAGAAAACCAGAGACUAGUCCAAAAAAUGGAUCACCUGCAGAGGGAGUUGACAGCAGAGAGAGAAUCACUUCGCAGCACUGAAUCACUCAGUACUGACCUGAUGAAGGAGAAGGCUUUACUGGAGAAAACUCUCGAAACACUCAGAGAAAACUCUGAGAGACAGCUGAAAGGUCUGGAGCAGGAGAAUAAGCACUUGAGUCAGACGGUGUCAGCGCUGCGGCAGCGCUGCCAGGUUAGCACUGAGGCCCGGGUCAAGGAUGUGGAGAAAGAGAAUCGGAUUCUCCACGAGUCCAUCUGUGAGACAACCGCCAAACUCAACAAGAUGGAGUUUGACAGGAAACAACUACGUAAGGAGCUUGAGGUGAUGAAGGAGAAAGGUGAGAGAGCAGAGGAGUUAGAGAUUCAGAUGCAGAAACUUGAAAGGGACAAUGAGUACCUUCAGAAGAAAGUGGCCAGUCUUGGAAUCACCUGUGAUAAGGUGUCUUCUUUGGAGAAGGAGAAUACAGAACUGGAGGCAGAGGGCCGUCGUCUAAAGAAGAAGCUGGAUGCUACGAAGAACAUGGCCUUUCAGCUGGAGGCUCUUGAAAAGGAGAACUCCCAACUCGAGAAGGAGAACCUGGAGCUUCGGCGCACAGUUGAGAGUCUCCGGUCAGCAGGGGCAAAGGCUGCUCAGCUAGAAGCCGAGAACAGUGAGCUAGAGAGUGAGAGGAGCCAGCUGAAGCGCAGCCUGGAACUGCUGAGAGCGUCAUCCAAAAAGACGGAGAGGUUAGAGGUGAGUUACCAGGGCCUAGAUACAGAGAACCAGCGCCUGCAGAAGGCUUUAGAGAACAGCAACAAGAAGAUCCAGCAGUUGGAGGCAGAGCUGCAAGAGGUGGAGACUGAGAAUAACACUCUCCAACGCAACCUGGAGGAGCUCAAAAUCUCCAGCAAACGCCUGGAGCAGCUGGAGCAGGAGAACAAGACUCUAGAGCAGGAGAGCUCUCAGCUAGAGAAAGACAAGAAGCUCCUCGAAAAGGAAAACAAACGGCUGCGGCAACAAGCAGAGAUCCGCGACUGCAAGUUGGACGACAGCAACCAGCAGAUCUCCACCUUGGAGAAAGAGAAUCGAACCAUGGGUAAGGAGAUGAUCUUCUUCAGGGACUCCUGCACUAGAGUCAAAGACCUGGAGCGAGAGAACAAGGAGCUAGUCAAACAGGCCACCAUCGAUAAGAAGACCCUUGUCACACUCAGAGAGGAGCUAGUGAGUGAGAAGCUGCAGACUCAGCAGAUGAUUAAUGAUCUGGAGAAACUGACUAAUGAGUUGGAGAAGAUUGGACUGAACAAGGAAAGGCUGCUACAUGACGAGAACUCGGACGACAGGUUUAAGCUCCUGGAAACCAAACUGGAGUCAACACUGAAAUCAUCUUUGGAGAUUAAAGAGGAGAAGAUUGCCGCUCUAGAGGCCAGACUGCAGGAGUCCUCGAACCUCAACCAGCAACUUCGCCAGGAACUCAAGACAGUGAAGAAAAACUAUGAAGCGCUGCGUCAGAGGGAGGAAGAGGAGAGGAUGGUGGAAAGCUUGCCCCCUGGAGGAAGGGAGGACCCUCGGUGUGUCAGUAAAUGGGAGAAGGAGAGUCAUGAAGCCACCAGGGAGCUGCUGAAAGUCAAAGACAGACUCAUUGAGGUGGAGAGGAAUAAUGCCACGCUGCAGGCUGAGAAGGCGGCCCUGAGGAGCCAGCUUAAACAACUGGAAACUCAAAGCUCCAAUGUGCAGGCUCAGAUAGUGGCCCUGCAGAGACAGACCGCCUCCUUACAAGAGAACAAUACAACACUACAGACACAGAAUGCCAAGCUACAGGUGGAGAACUCCACCCUGACCUCACAGAGUGCUGCCCUCAUGGCCCAGAACAACCAGCUGCAGAGUCAGCAGAGCAGUGUUGAGGGUGAGCGCGAGGUUGCACUGAAGGAGAAAGAGGAGCUGAGGGCCACCUACGAACUGCUCCUCCGUGACCACGAGAAGCUUGCAGCACUCCAUGAAAGGCAGGCAGGCGAGUAUGAAGCACUGAUCGGAAAGCACAGGGGCCUGAAGAGUUCCCUCAAGACCCUGGAGCAGCAGCAUAAGGACUUGGUGGACAAGUACAAGCAGUUGCUGCAGGGGAAGCGGGAGCUGGAGGAGCUGGAGAAAAAUCUGAAGGAGCAGCAGGAAAUGAUGGCACUGGAGAAUGAAACACACCAAGCCACAGCUGACAAAUGCAAAUUACUCAAAGAGGAAAACGAUAGACUUAAUACUACCUAUCAUCAGCUGGUGAAGGACAAUGAGAAUCUGCAGCUGGACCAUAAGAACUUAAAGAGCCAGUUAAACGGUGCCAAGCUGGAGCAGACCAAGCUGGAGGCUGAGUUCUCUAAACUGAAGGAGCAGUACCAGCAACUAGACAUCACCUCCACCAAGCUCACCAACCAGUGUGAAUUGUUGAGCCAGCUAAAGGGAAACCUGGAGGAGGAGAAUCGUCACCUAUUGGACCAGAUCCAGACUCUAAUGAUACAGAAUCGCACACUACUGGAGCAGACAAUGGAGAGCAAAGACCUGUUCCACGUAGAGCAAAGGCAAUACAUAGACAAGCUCAAUGAGCUGAGAAGACAGAAAGAGAAGCUAGAGGAGAAGAUCAUGGACCAGUACAAGUUUUUCGACCCCUCACCUCCACGCAGGCGUGGCAACUGGAUCACUCUGAAGAUGAGAAAGCUCAUAAAGCCAAAGAGCCGUGAGAGGAUGCGUUCUCUCACGCUGACUUCGCCUCAUUCAGAGUCUGGCGACAGUUAUCUUACUUUUCCCCAGGAGAGCAAGGACAACUCUUCCAUUGGCUCCGGAUCCAACUCGCUUGAUGAUACACUCACACAAAAGAGGAGCAGCACUAUUAAAAGGUUGCCUUUCAUGAGGAACAGAUCCAAGGACAAAGACAAGGUCAAGGCCACCUACCGGCGCUCCAUGUCCUUGAAUGACCUGCUGCAGACGAUGGCAGUAGUAGGUGGUCCCGGGGCUCAGUGGACAAGCAGCACUGACAACCUAGAUGGAACUGAGGCCGGAGACACCGGCAUGACAGGUAGUGGCAGGCAACACGUAAAAGAGCUUGCCUUUUCUACCAACGCUAUCGACUGUGCAGCUCUCACCCUGCCCAACAGAGCUAAGCACCAGCUUCAGGUCAAAGAUAAUGCCUCCUGUGAGGAUGUUGCCGGCUCCUAUGAUGACCACAAGAUUCAAGCCACAAGACCCUCCAGUCUCCAUAGGAACAGGACCACCAGUAGUAAUAGUAACAAUAAUUCCCACCACACUUCUCCUCUGGAGAGCAAAGGCACAUUGAACGGCAGCCUCAGCCGUCCUCAAAGUGAGAGCAGCGGAGAGUUUAGCCUGAGCUUAGACCAGGAGGUGUGGUCAAGCAGCGGCAGCAGCCCCGUCCAGCAGCCCACCUCAUCGCGCUCCUACCACCAGAGCCUCCUGCAGCUGGGCAAGUCACUCAACCCAUCUUCCACCGCAGGCAGCCCCGGCCAAACCCAGAUCAGGAAGAUGGGUAUCCCAGGCAGCGAUGUUCUUUCACUGCAACAAUUCCUGGAUGAGGGUAUUGAUCGUGCAGGGUCUGGCAGUCAGGAGAACCUCAGUGUAGAUUCCCAUCGUCUCUCCAAUUCUUCUGAGCAUGUACACACUUCCACAAAGGGCCGGGGCAUAUUACGCUCAUCUAGUGGGAAAGCCGCACCAGUCAGCUCUGACCGCCCACCGAGACCUGGACAGCCAGGGCGCCCAACCCUGCGAAAGGCGGAGAGCACCCGUGUGAAAGGCUCUGUCCCCAUCAGCUCCAGUCUAUCAUCGCAAGGGAAAGCCUUAUCCGUUUCAGAACGCCUGGACUCUGCUUCCUCCACACUGCCCCGAGCUAGCAGCGUCAUCUCCACGGCUGAAGGCUCCACGCGGCGCACCAGCAUCCACGACCUGCUGUCAAAGGACAACCGGCAGCCUGUUUCUGUCGACUCUUCUCCUCCCAUCGCUUCCAACAAGGCUGGGGUACGCUCCAAGCCUACUCCCAGUGAGUACCACCCCAACAGCUCCAACUUGAAAGGACCCCUUAUCACCACCACCACCCUUCCCAAGUCACUCAGCUUACCUUGCCAUAGCUUGGAGGACCCCGACCUCUCCACUCUUGAGUCUUUCCUUGGGCCUUCCUUUACUGUAGAGUCUGUGUUCAUUGACUCCAUUUUUAGUGAUUCAGUGGGCAAAAACCUCCCCUUCCUGUCUCUUAACCCCACCCUAGUCAGCAAUAUCAGUGGGCCACCUGUUACAAAUAAACCCCCACCUGCUUCACCUAUCCCAAACAACAUUUCCACCCAAAACCAGACAACUCACUGCCAAUCAAUCAGCCAGAUGAGAUCUGGCCCAGCCAGUGUGGAAGUUUAUGACGAGGGUGUUGAUCGCAAUUGUGUGAAUAAUUCGGCCCAGUCACUGAGCCCAGAGGACAACCAGUCUCUGUGGUAUGAGUAUGGGUGUGUGUGAAUGACAAGGAGGCAAAUUCUCCUCCGCUGCAUGUAUUUAUCAGAGCAGCUCAAUGUGGUGUAUUGGUUUCAUGCUUUCCUGUUUGCCAUGGUGCUGACUGGUGAUUUCAUAUCUUAUUUUGUUUUUUCCUUUUUUUUUGUCACCAUUAAUUUUCACCUUUUUUUUCCAUCUGUCCCAUUCUGUUCUCCAAGGUUGGACUUUGAAUGUUCCUCAGUCCAGCAACAUUUACCAUGUUAUUGUUUCAAAUCUGUUUCACUGGCUUAGGCUAAAUUAUUAUCAGGUGUAGUGGGUUUAUACACUACUUUCUUGCUUUUACAAAACAUCUCACAGUUAAAGGGGCAGAAAGUGAUUCUAAAGCAAUACACGUUUUGUAAAAAUCACAGAAUGUUUCCUCACCUUCCGUUAACUGUCGCUUGUGUGUGUGCAGCGGAAAAGAAACCUUUGUUUUUCGUUUCAGUCUUGGCUCUGUAAAUCGAACAUAAAAAAAUACCACACAACACUGCGAGUGCAGUUUGUAAACAUCACUUGUUGACAUCUUAAGACACGUGCUAGUGGGUGACUCCCAUACCGGAGGUCGUGAGUUCGCGUCCGGGCCAGAGCUGUAAAAUCACAACAACAACAACAAAGAGAGAAACAGGCUCUCUCAAAAAUCGCUUACUGCCCCUUUAAGGACUUAUUAUUUCUGUUUAGAGCUUCUAUAUUAAAUUGCCUAUGAUUAGAAAUGUAAGAGAUUCAGCCAGUAAAGUACUGAAAAUGUUUAUCGCAUAAAUAGCUUUACAGUCUUUCAGUAUGUCAGAUAAUAAUUGUUAUGAUAAUGUUUAUCAUAAUGUUUUAUGGGAGAGUGUGUGUUUCACUGCUUCUGACUCAGUUGCAUUAUCCACUAAACUGGAUGCCUUUGUUCUCUCUGUCCUUCCUGACAGUCAUUUUGAUUACUGUGAUCAAAAUGUUUGUUUAUCCUCUUUGUUUUCUAUUGACAGUGUGGAUUGCUUUUUUCUUUUUCUUUUUGGGAUUAGAUUGUACAUUAACUGGGUUUUGACCAAGUGGAUUUCUUGGCCUGAUGACAAAAUUGUUUUGCUUCAAUCUCAGAAUGAUCUGAGGGGAAGAUUUAAUUGAUAAAGUGAGAGUUGACAGUGAAGGUAGUGGAACAUGAUCAGAGUGAUAGUUAUAUUUCAGUUUUAGGCAGUUUUGAUAGUUAUUGAAAGAGGGAGUCGUCAUAAUAGGUUGAGAACAGUUUACAUUGGUCUAAUUGUUUUGUGACUGAAGCCAGCAUAAUUUAUCUUGGUAUCUGAAUACUAUUUGAUUUUGUAUUUAAGACUUACAAGAUUUUCUACAGAUUGUUUCAAUCAUUAAGUUAUAAUCAGAGACGAGAAGUGCAUUAUGUGCCAAUAAUAGUGGAACCGUCAGUAUCUGCUCCUUAUUUAUUUCUGCUUUUUUCACUCUGUAGUUAUUGUUUUGAAGUUGCUUUUUUGUAUUCAUCUUGAUCUACCAUAGACGCAAGUAUGAAGUAGAUGAAAAUGUUCUGGUCACUGCCAACAGAUGUAACAUAAACAUUGCCUUUGUCCUACAGAUGAAAAGGUCAGAAAGUCUAAAAGCAGGAGCGGGGAGCCGCAGCAAAGCUGCUAAACCCUGCCCCCAUCCCCACCCUCGACUGUCUGGUACCAUGCUGUGAGCGCGUGGUGAGUGAGUGCUCGAGCGGGAGGAAUAGGUUGUGUGUGUGUGGGGGGGGUGUCGUCCAUUCUGCCGUACACUUGCCUCCCCUGUUUUCUCUAAGCUCCCCCUCACUGUCCUGUCUGUUGCCCCACUGUCCCUGAGGUGCCAAACGCCUGUUCAGACAGCCUGAUGGGACCCUGGUCUGCAUGGCAUAUGGGCUUUCUUUCAAAAUUUCUCUGAAUGGAUGAAAUCCAUUGAAUCCCCAAGCAAGAGUUCUAUGACUCCAGCAGCUCUUCUCUGAAAUGCUUAUUGUUUUUUUGGUAAAGAUGACUGCUCAGUAUCCUUCUGGUAAAAAAAAUAGGUAAUUUAAGCUCAAGGCUGUUUUAAGGCUGCUUAUUGUUGCUGCAUGGCUUGGGUGUAAGCUAAAACCCUUCCUCCCUCACCUCUCCUGGACCCUGCAUGUUGACCUAGCCUGGCUGCUGUCCCAUCUUGUAUAUCACUAACAGUCUUUACUGAUACAAUUUCAGACAUAUAACCUUGUUUUUCUCUGUUUACUUUGUCUUCCUGUGCUUUUCUAUGUUCUUCUACCCUGGCUUUUUCAGCUUUCUAAUCUGUUUCCUUUCUUUUCUUACUCUUUCCAUAUUUUGCUUGCCUGGGACUCAGAGAGAAAGGUGACCUUGGAGCUGUGUAUCUGAAAACUAGUAAGCUACAGUUAAACUGCUGAGACCAUCUACAGUGACAAAAGAUUGUAUAUGCCAUUUUUUUUCCUUUCCUUUCAUUUUUUUUUUACCCAGGACACUUCAGUAGAGAACAGUGGAUUCCUGCUCUUUUUUUUCUGCCUUGAAUCAAGGAAACAGAAAAAUACAAGAAAGUGUUGCGCUGACAGAUUUUCUACAUAGAAUGCUGUGGCAGAUUGCACUGCCACAUGUUGGACUCCUAGAUGUGCACUAGACUAAAUGUGAGUGCCAAUGUUCACACGAGCCAAAAGGAGACCGAUGACUACAUGUUGGACCCUCUUCUACCCGACGCCAUGAUCCUGAAAAAAUGAGCAGCACAAGCAAAACUAUCAUUUAAUCAGGCACUUACAAAGCAUGGCAGCGCAAACAUUUCUGACUUAACAUACUCUGAGACUGAAUAAUCACAUUUGCAUUGGAGCAAUCAAUUAUACCACUUCCUUUGUCCAAUCCAAGCAGAGCAAUUUGUUCAGUAGGGAUUUUGCUUGCCAAGAUGCCAAAAGGACGGACUGAAAACCGUUACUGCUGUGUGAUUGGUGUCUGUUGCCUGCUAAUCAACAGUGAAGUUUGUGUGAUCUGAGAGAGAGACUCGCCUUGGGAGUGUUACAGGCCCCCUUUACGACAGUGGUGGCUAAUGUCAUCACAGAGAGACACCCUCAAACAAACCCUGCACUUUUCUUCUUAGCUUAAAUUAUAUAUCAUCAUAUAGUAAGUCAUUGCUCAUCUCACACUAAAUAAUCUCACCUAUCGCUUCCUAUCCUGCUAUAAUAAGAUGGUAAAAGCACGACGACAGUUCAUUAACAUGGUGAUAAGGCACUCCAUAAGAUACUUUUUAUAAAUCUGACUAGAAGGACUAUAGGUGACCUGUAACUUGCCUAGUAUAUACACAUUUCUGUUGUUGUGAUGUUGAACAUGAUGGUGAUGAGACCAGAUGUUUUCCUCCUUUUCCACUUUUACAUAAAUCCAUUUGAUAUAAUAAAACUCAUCAAGACUA